AUGUCCACCUCCUGUGUGCUGAGGACUCGCUGCUUCCUCCGGCAGGUUAUCCCCGGCCUGCCCGCCGCCAUGCAGAGAAACUACACCGUGGAUGUCUCUGCUCCGCUGCUACGGACGCAGGGCUACGUAGAUGGUCGCUGGGUCUCCGCAGCCUCGGUGUUCCCGGUUCUGGACCCAGCCACCGGGAAGGAGAUAGCCCGGGUAUCAGACUGUGGGCCUGCUGAGGCCAAGCAGGCUGUGGACGCUGCAUACAAAGCGUUCAGUUCGUGGAAGCAGUACACUGCUAAGGAGAGGAGCCUCCUGUUGAGGAAAUGGUUCGACCUGCUGACGCUGCACAAAGAGGACUUGGCCAAGCUGAUCACCUUCGAGAGCGGUAAGCCCAUUCGGGAGUCUCUCGGGGAGGUUGCGUACUCCGCCUCCUUCCUGGAGUGGUUUUCAGAGGAGGCUCGGCGAGUGUAUGGCGACAUCGUCCCGUCACCUGUCAAAGACCGAAGGAUCCUCCUCCUCAAACAGCCUGUGGGCGUCGCCUCCAUCAUCACACCGUGGAACUUCCCCAGCGCUAUGAUCACCAGGAAGGUCGGAGCCGCUCUGGCCGCCGGCUGCACGGUGGUGGUCAAGCCGGCCGAGGACACGCCGCUGUCAGCACUCGCUCUGGCUGAGCUGGCGGAGCAGGCCGGGAUCCCUGCAGGGGUGUUGAAUGUGGUUCCCUGUUCCAGAGAGAAGACUCCGUCAGUCGGGCAGGUUCUCUGCACCGACCCACUGGUGGCCAAAAUCUCCUUCACUGGCUCCACGGCCACUGGCAAGAUGCUGCUAAAAAUGGCUGCCGACACUGUGAAGAAGGCAUCCAUGGAGCUGGGCGGCCACGCCCCUUUUGUCGUCUUCGACAGCGCUGAUGUCGACAAGGCGGUGAGCGGAGCCAUGGCCUCCAAGUUCAGGAACUCUGGACAGACGUGUGUGUGCUCGAACCGGUUUUUGGUGCAGAGCGGCAUCCACGAUCGCUUCGUGGAGAAGCUGAGCCGAGCGAUGGAAACCGAGCUGCGCGUGGGUCACGGCUCGGAGGCCGACACCACCCAGGGGCCCCUCAUCAACAGCAGAGCAGCAGACAAGGUGGUCCGACAGAUAUCAGACGCUGUGUCCAAGGGAGCGAAGGUGUUGAGGGGCGGGAAGCGUCUGGACGGGUCCUUCAUGGAGCCCACCCUGCUGGCCGACGUCACCACAGACAUGCUGUGCACGAAGGAGGAAACGUUUGGGCCGCUGGUGCCCGUCAUCCGGUUCAACACGGAGGAGGAGGCUGUGGCUAUCGCGAACGCAACCGAUGUCGGCCUGGCAGGCUACUUCUACUCGCAGGAUGUGAGUCAGAUCUGGCGGGUGGUGGAGGCGAUGGAGGUAGGGAUAGUUGGAGUCAACGAGGGCCUCCUGUCCACCCCGGAGGCCACGUUUGGCGGGGUCAAACAGUCCGGUCUGGGCGUUGAAGGCUCCAAGUACGGCAUCAACGAGUAUCUGGACUUGAAGUACGUGUGCUUUGGAGGGCUCGCACCCUGAAACGGGACGGAGCGGCGCUGCAGGUCCGGUGGAACCACACCCGUUUAAAUGCAGUAAGUCAUUGACUGUCGCUCUCGGGUUCUAACUGAUUUAACCACAACCAACACAAAGUAACCCUGAAAUUAGAGACGAGGCUGAAAACGUACGGUCUGACGCCUUUUAAAUGAGAAUGGAAAUUUACUGUGAUUAAAAAAAAUAUUAAAAAGCACAAAUUCUUUUUUAAGAUUUUUGUAGAAUUGUUUAUUGACCACUUUCAUUUUUAUGAUUAAAAUACUUGUGUAUACGCCGACACGUUAGACCAAACAAGAAAACAUGUUCAGUAAUUUUCAGCUUCACAAUUUGUUUUAUUAAUUUAAUGUGUGUGCCGUCUGCACAGAACCUGACGGCGUGUGUGUCUUCUGUGUGCACUCACACACUCACACACGGCAGCGAUCUGUUACAGCUCAGUGAAGGUUCAGUCAAUGCAGCCUCAUGUUAAAUGUGAAUGCAUGCACCUCAGUUUUUUUUUAGAAUAAAUAACUGUCAACAUUAAACAUUUCUGUAUGAAAAUAAAAGCAUAAAUACUAAGCUUAUUGUAGGAUAGUAGUUCAGUGAAUACCUUGUCAUUGUGUAGCCUGAGUUUUAAACUCUGAUAGAAGUUAAAAGUUGUUUGUUAAAACUUUGCUUUCAGCCUGAUACCUGGAAGUUAAACUGUAUGAGUGCCAUGUAAUUCAUUUUUAUUUCUUGUGUUGUUAAAGAUUAAGUGCUGCAGUGAUGCUCAGGUGACCUCACUGCUGCUUGCGGUCAGAUGAAACUUCCUGCUUUACACUUUGAGCCAGUGAAGAAACAGACUUUCAGUAAUUUUUCAAUAAUCCAGCAGCACAGACUACAGUCUCGCUGAUGAAGCUCAGGUCUGUUCAGUCAGUCAGCUUGAUCUGACUCAUUGGACACCAAAUGUGAUUUUAAAGGUUUUAAAGCUGGCUUGAAAUGAAGGGUCGAGUUCUGCCACCUCCUGAGGUGUACAGCGGAUUGUUUCUACUGUGAAGUGAAAUUAGUCCUAAUUGUAAUAUAACGUCGUAGUCAGUUAAUGUAAAAAAAAAAUAAAAUGAGAUUUUUGCCCAAUGUUGUCUGUAAAAAAGUGAUCAGAAUUGUUCUCACGCUUUGAUGCUCACAGUAUUAAAAAUAUCUUUUUAAAAGUU